CGCUGGAGACUGUCGUAUUCGGUCGCUGACGUCAUUUUCAGGCGACACGCUGCGUUAGUUUAAGCAGGUCUAUCAAGGAUGUCAAUCGACAAUUUGAAGUCCGUCGAUGUUGAUAAAACAUGUCGUUUAUGCAAAGAAAGUCUGUUGGUUAGAGGGGUGAUAACGAAUACAAGAAUUCUGUUCAGCCUAAACGCCAAAGUGAAACCGUUGCACGAACGGUUCCGAGACAUUGGAGUUAUUCUCCCUCAAAGACCAGGUGUAUGCUCCAGAAGGAUUUGCGCCAAAUGCUACCGAACAUUUGUGGGAGUUGAAGAGGCUGUAGCUGUUUUAAAAACAUGGAAAGCGGAACAGAAAACACAAGAGAAUGACCUAUACAUCAAAUCCAAAAUGUUUAGAGAGAUGGGGUGCCAGACCAAGGUGAUGACUUUCGACGCUGAGUGCCAGACUGAGCCGAGUGAAAACGACUUGCAGUGGCAGACUUCCUCAGCUGACUCGAUGCAGUCCCACAAGAAACCAUCUAGAAGACGCAAGGGUUCUCCUUCCACAUUAUAUGAUGAUUGUGACUGGAAAUCCCCUGUUAAAAUGGAGAACCAGUCAGAUUGCCAGGCAGAGUUUGGGCAACACAAGAGAAGCAAGCAUGUUGUAAACACACAGUUAAAAGAUCACUUGCGGAUCUCCCAUGACAAGAUGAUGGAAACCACUGGCGGAUAUGGAACAACAGUUUGUUCAGAAUUUGAUAAGGAGUGUGAAUCAUUGCAUGGGCAACUACAAGUUAAGGUGGAGACAGAAGAAGUUCACAUACAAGAUGUCCACCACGCAUUUAUGGAAAUUAAGCCUGUUAAAGUAAAAGAGGAGCCUGAUGACUGCCCUUCUUCCUCCACAUCCAAUAUAUAUGGAGUCAUUGAGCAGGCACUGCCUUCACCAGGACAUUUAAAACAGGAGGAAGAGGAGCCUGAAGCUGUCACCCAGUAUGAAGACAUUGUAAAAGUUGUUGUAAAGCAGGAAGAUGAAAAGUUGAUUUUGGUUAAAGAAGAAGAUAAAAUAUCAGAAUUUUAAGACCCUUGGACUCUUUCUUACAAAAAAAUGAAGUUGAAAACAUGAAAAUGUUGAUCUAAAGCUGAAUGAA